AUUGUGUUUUGUUGUAAAAAUAACUUUAAGUUGUAUUACAGGGUGGUGCGCACUGGCCGGGCCCUGCUAUGUGGGCCUACAUCAUCGCGGCGGCUCGCGGGGACUCCCGGCAGACGAUGGCACGUAAUCCCGAAGAAUACACCUUCUCAUACCGCGAUGGCCAAGUAUUUAUGGUGUCCGGGCCCCGAAUGGACGAGCCGGGGCCCUCCGGCGUCAGCACCAAAGAGAUCUUCGAGGACUGCAGUCCUCCCUCUCCCAAUGACUGCGCUAGCCCUCUCCCCACCUCUAAAGACAUAUGCAGCAGCCCUCCGUUCUCCAGGGAUCUCAAGAGUCCUCCUCCCGUCAGCUCCAAGAGCUCGAUCCCGUUGAAAUCAUUGACCAGCCCUAACCAUGGAGUGGAGGAUGUGAUCGAGAUAUGCGAUGAUGAAGUAAGUGGUGUUCAUAAUUAUUGUUAGCAUGUGAUCCACUUCAGAUACCUAUUAAUGUAGUCGUUUUAAAAUGAGAGCGUAAGUAAAUACGUUUUGUAUAGAAAACCGAGCUUGCUGGGGACCCUUACAUUUUAAGCAAGUUCAUUGAAAUAACUGUAAUCUUCAAUAGCUUAAUGUCUUAACUCAGAUUGUUUUGAUUAUUGGCCUCGUGUAAAAUGGUUAUUUAAGUCUUUGUAUAUGUCUAUUAAAAUCAAAGUUAAUUCAAAAAAAAUAUUCAUUCAUUCAUUUAAAUUAUUAAUUUACUUUUUGUGCAAUAGAAGUUUGUUUUCCUUGCAAUGGGAUAUUAUACUCAUUUUAAGCCUAAAAUAAAUGGAAAUCAUUGGUGAAAUAAAUUCUAGACAAACACACCAUACUACAGGAUAUGAUGAACAAGUAAUGUGCAUGGUUAAAGGGGAGGAGGGGACAUUCACCCUCUCGUUGAUAACGUUCAAAGUAAGUCUCUGGAGACUGUAAUUACUGUUCAGUGAUGCUAAACCCAGGGAUCUAACUUUAAUACCUUAUUUUAAAACGCAUGGGCCUUAAUAAUGAUGAUGUAACUUUAUUUUCGAUUUUGCGAAUACAUACUACGUAGGUCACUAGAUAAGUUUUGCAAUACGAGUAGACAAAUAUGAAACAAUGAGGUGGCCUAUCACAUAUAUUUUUAAAACUAUAUUUGUGUAGACAAUGUUUGGGUGGAAAACAUGUACUUUAUUUUUAAAACGUCGGCGUGUGCUAAAGGCGAUUUACGCAUAUUUCAUACAUUUUCAUUUCAUACAAAGUUAAGAUUUUUUUUUAAGUAUAUUUAAAUAGAAAGUAAAUAUUUUCCAUCCAAUUAUUCUCUAUGGAAAUAUCGUUUUAAAAAGUAUAUAGGCCACCUGUUUGUUUCAUAUUUGUUUAUUGCAAAGCUUAUCUAGUGACCUAUGUAUUACUUAACACUUUUUACAAGUUGUUGUUGUUGUUGUGUUGUGUGUUGUUGUGUUGUUGUUUAUUUGUUACGAACUUCGAAGUAUAUAGGUACCCAACUUAACAUUUUUACAAAAUAAAUCUUUUUCACUUUCCUAGAUUUGAAAGUGAAAAAUCUUAAGCGUAAUAAACACUUUCUAAAACUAAAUUGUAACUUUCUAAAAAAGUAAAUUGUACAGGUUAACAUGUAAAAUAAGGUUUAUAAUUACUAGAGAACUCAUGUUUGACAAGGAUACUUUAAAAGACACCAAAUCGAAGAAUAAAUCCUCUCUUUAACUUAAUACGAGUAAACAUAGUGCAGUUUCCAUCGCUUACUUAAUUU